AUGACCACACCCACCGCACACACACAGUUCUACCACUCUCUUGUGAAAACCACCACGCUCCAUCGGCACCUGGGCGGUUUCUCCACAACCCUCACCUACAACACAUCCCUGGAGCCCUUCCACGGUACAUCCAACCCACUCCACCGACUACCAAACAUUGCAGAGACGCGCGUCACCAAGUCUGUCCAUGCCGCCAUCUCUGAUGGCUUCCUCAACCACCUUUUGAGUUGUACGGCUCUGAUUGCCGACGACAACACAUCACAGCUCGUCAUCGUGGAGCGUGUUCGGACGCCGAGAUUCCACGCCGCGCACAGGAGUAGAGCCACCUCGCAACCCUACCACCAGAACGAGUCCACACAACGCCGCUUGUGCAAACACCAUGCCUCAUCUCACAUGCAUUCAUGA